CUUAUUGUCUCGUUGAGGCCGAUCGAAACGCUAGAGAUCGAUCGUAUAGUCAGUGUCUUAUGGCACGCGAUUUAUCUUGCGUUUGGCUUGCUGUCACGUUGCUCGCCGUCAACUGGAUAACAGUUAGCUGCUGCGACCUACCAUACUACGGCCUGAAUUGCAGCGAUAUGUGUGGAGCUAAUCUGACGGGGUUGGCUGGCGUUAUUCGUCCACCUGGUUACGACUCUUACAACGAACAUUACGAGAACUCGGUGCAGUGCGAGUGGAAUAUUAUUCCUCAGGUGGAGAACGUGUACGUCGUCAUCACAUUCGAUCAUUUUCUUACUGAAACGUGCUGCGACUAUCUGUCGGUUACUGCUGAUUCAUUUUCUGGAUACUCCACUGAACUAGCAAAAUUUAAAGACACCGAAGCCCACACGGUGAUUCAUAAAGCUCCUCUUCGUCUUUUCUUCUACUCUGAUGGUUCGUCGACAAGACGAGCCUUUAGUUUACGCUACACAACUGGACAACCACCCAGCUUUCUUUCACGAACGUACAAUCAAUAUGUGAACGAAGGUGACAGGGUGUUACUUCUUUGUAAUGUGCAAGGAAUGCCACCACCUGUAGUGACGUGGUACAAAAACGGGUUGGAGAUUCAAGUUGGCUCUAAUCUUUUGUCUCAAUUUGAAUUGCAAGGAAACCAUCUAAUAAUAACAAACGUAACGGAAGGAGACAUUGGAUAUUUUCAAUGCAGAGCGCAAAAUUUCCUGAACGAGACGGAACAAUAUUUCCGGCUAUUCGUUUAUAGUAAUAACUGCAUCCAAGUACUAAAACGAUUUAAAAUACUUCUUUUAUUUUUAGCGCUUCCAAAAAUUCUAUUUCAUCCAACAUCAGUUCACUUUGAUUCUUUGCUACCCGCUCACAGCGAAGAUGGUUCCUUACGCAAUGAAGGACUGCAAGCCGUUUUUCGCUGUCAAGUUCACGGGUAUCCUCGGCCUUAUAUCCAUUGGGUAAAGGAUGGUAAAUAUCUAUACACAUCUGGAUAUCGUUCGCUGACGUGGUUAACAAUCAAACCAGUGAACGUGUCUGAUGUGGGCAACUAUACUUGUGUAGCAUACAAUCGCAUGGGAAGUGUCGUGUCUCGCGCUGCAUCAUUAACAAUAGGAAAAAGUGUUCUCUGUUGUUUGUACUUGCGUUUUCCAGACAAAGUAGAAACAUCUUCUUGGGCUAACGUCGAGUUGUCGCUAUCGUUUCAGUCGUCAGAGUAUAAACUUUUGGCUGUAUCAGUAGCCAAAGAAGGUCAUUUGUACUCGCCGGCAACAUAUUCCCAGUUCUCUAACCAAAAUUACAUUCGCACAACUAACGUUACUAUCAAUCUUGGAAGUUUGGAAGAAUCAGAUACAGCUGUCUACAGCUGGCGUUUGUAUAUGAGUGCUUCAACAGCUAGCUUUUUGCCUAAUAUAGAAGUCACGUCAUUUAUACCCAUCACAAUUCCAGGAAAUACUCGCGUGACCGUCACUCCCUCCUCAUCAUUUGUUAGAAAUUUGUACGGAUUCCAAAUCAUAGCUUGCUUUGCAGAGUCUCUGGUUUAUGCACCAUCGGUUCGCUGGUUCAAAAAUGCAGAUCAGAGACUCGGGUAUUCUUCAAUAACAGGAAGCAAUUACACGAUAACUUUCCUAUUUACAACAACUGGAAUCAAUGUGACUCAUUACACUUGCAGUGCACAAAAUUCAGUCGGGAUUGUUACAAAUGCCACUGUUUCAGUAGUAGUGAGAGGCUUACCAGGGGGAUGGAGUUGGUGGACCGAGAAUUCUCUGUGUAGUGUCAGUUGCGGACCUUCAGUAGGAAUCAGAAUCAGAACAAGACGUUGUUAUAAUCAAAAUGGCUGCUCUGGUCCAGCAAUUAAUGCAUCAACUUGCUACUCCUAUAAGCCUUGUCUGUCCGUGGAGACAACCACAUCAGCUGCUUUAACAGUAAAGACUACGUAUACGUCAGUUCAUAAGUAUAAUCUGUCCACGCAAACAGAUGCCGUUGUUACUACCGAAACGGCGUCUACAGUUACAAGUUUGCCAACGGCUACUCAAACGAUAAAAAGCCCUAAUAAGACGAUUUCCGAUGCAGAGGACAAGUCACUUUCUGCUGCUGUGAUAGCAGUGGCGUGUAUCAUUCCGACAGCAAUCGUUACCUUUGUAGUCACGGUUGCCAUGAUGUACUACAUAUUCAAAAGAAAGGACAAUGACCGUGAUGCACCACCAGAACGAGCUCGAAACAGACAAGAUGUAGGAAAGUCUGACACACGUGCUUCCGCCCAAGACAGAUAUGAUUCCUCGGUUACGUUCAAAAAUAAGAAAAAUGACGUCAAAAUAGAAAGGCCCCAAGCAACUAAUUCAGAACCAAGCGAAACGGUUGAUUUUGUUGAAGAGGAGUAUUAUGAAGAAGUGGAGCGGGUGUCAGGACUCCACAAGCGACCAUUUGGCAAGCAAACAAGUUCUAGUGCUCGUAAACCUCAAGCAAGUUAUGAAGGUAGCUACAAGCAUCCUAAACCCCAAGCAAGUGAAGGCAGUUACAAGCAUCCUAAACCCCAAACAAGUUAUGAAGGCGGUUACAAGCAUCCUAAACCCCAAACAAGUUAUGAUAAACUAAGUUCCAAUGUCAGGCCAUCGACGAAAGCCUCAACAUCAGUGAGAUAUGUUAACGUUCCGUCUCAACACUCAUCACAAACUCAGCAACAAUACGAGGAGGACGACUUCUACGUCCAACCGGACGGCUGCGUACCCGAUAAAAGGCAUUAGGUCUAUAUACGGACGUCUAUACAUCCAAACAAUUGAAAAUAUUCUGAAAACUGAAAAAUAGAUAUGUCGACGAGUAGCUUUGCAAGCUGUGAUAUAGCCGCAUGGGAUUGGACUAUAAUUAUUUGGAAUUUGACUUGGUAGUAAGUACUGUAGUCUAGUUACGACUGCAAUUGCCUAGAUACCGCGACAGUAAACACGCCAAGUUUUAUGUAUCGAUCGAAACGAUGGUUAGCUCUUGAAACGACGUUUCUGCAUACAUGAAGACAACGUCGAUCAAAUAUGUACGACUCGCUGGACAAUACAAUCGUUGGGAAGUUGCU